GGAGUAGGGGGACAGGAAUGGCCUGGAUUUUUCUUCAGUGUAUCCACACAAGACGCAUCGUCAUAUCGGGUUGCAAACCUGGUCUUCUGACCUAUUUUAAAACUGAGCCCUUUUUGUUUUGGUUUUGUUGUUGUUUUGUGCAAAAACUCACCAACAGUAGGACUCGGGCUGUACAAGUUUGGGACUGCUGCGCGUCAUCGGGCGCGGGUCGUUUGGCAAAGUGCGGAUCGUCGAGCACAAGGAGUCGCGCAAGCUGUAUGCACUCAAAUACAUCAGCAAGGCCGACAGCAUCCGCAACAAGGCGCACCUGAACAUCAUCCGUGAGCGCGACAUUCUGGAAGGAGAUCGACCACCCGUUUGUGGUGAACCUGCGGUUCUCGUUCCAGGACGACUUUGACAUGUUCAUGGUCAUGGACCUGAUGAUGGGCGGCGAUCUGCGGUUCCACAUGCAGCGGCGGCGGUUCGUCGAGGGCGUCAUCCGGUUCUGGGUGGCUGAAAUCGCAUGUGCGAUCAACUACCUGCACACGACCCACAAUGUGGUGCAUCGCGACAUUAAGCCCGACAACAUCCUGAUGGACGACAAGGGCCACGUAGCGUUAACCGACUUCAACAUUGCGACACGCAUACAGGACGACCGCAGGCAUUACUCGGUGGCAGGCACAGCAAACUACAUGGCGCCCGAAUUGGUCAGCGGCCACGGGUACACGUACUCUGUCGAUUGGUGGUCGUUGGGCGUGGUGAUGUACGAAUGUGUCUACGGGAAAGCGUCCAUUCCGGCACGGCAAAUCCUCAAAUGACUUGAAAGCGGGCGAUCCAAAACGAUGAGGUGCAGUUCCCGAUUAUCGCUGACGUGCGGAUUAGCUUUGAGUGCAUCUCGGCCAUGCGCGGGCUUCUAGGAGAAGGACCCAAAGCAGCGCCUUGGCUGCUCCGGCUACGAGGCACUGAAGCAGCAUGCCUUUUUCAGCACAAUCGACUGGGACCGGCUCGAAGCCAGGACAGCUCGACCCGCCGUUUGUGCCCGACAGCGAGCAGUCCAACUUCGACAUCACACACGAUAUCGAGGAGAUGCUGUUGGAGCAGGAGCCACUGACAGCGCGCACAAAGCGCGGGGCCAAGUUCAAGCCCGUCACGGGGGCGCAGCGGACGCCCGAGUACGAUGUUAUUGAGCGCGAUUUCAACAACUUUGACUAUAUCGAGUACGAGCAGUUCAAGCACUACAUCAAUACCCACGGCGAAAUCAACGCCGCCGCC